CAUUCGUUCGACAUCAAGCAACGCGCACGGAUCGGUCGCGCCAAAGGUUGGCCUCUGCAGGGCUACUCUGUUAAGAAAAAGCAUCCGCACACACAGCUCGAUUCCUCGGAUUGCCGGAGGAAAAGGUUCUGCUAAGGCGUGUCUCGCGUUGUCACUGAAAAUCGCGAAAAACGCAUCGGUGCUGUGCGCCCUGUGAAGUGAGAAGCCCCCGGAAUCAGCCUUUCUUUCAGCGUUUUCCGCGAGUGACAGACAGGACUGGAAGGCGGUGUCUAUACAAAAAAGUGCUCCAUCGUCGAUUACGUGUAUGUGUGCGUCCUGUAGGCAAACAAAACAUACAACGCAACAAAUUAAACAAACGCAGCUGGCGUUGAGCUCUGGUGGUUGCGUAGGAAAAGUUCGAUAAGCCCAGCCACUCCGAAGUGAAACCGAAAGUGGUGCGCGCGACGGUCAACAGUGGCGCAGUUAGUGGCGAGUGCGUUCGAAAGAAAGGUCGGAAAAUUCGCCCUCGUCCUGCUCGGCAAGUUGGCGCCCACCGUGAACAACAGUGACUAUUUUUUUUUCUUAUAUUGAAAGUGUGCCAAACAAACAUUAAUCAGUAGUGAGGCGGAACCUGAGAGCAUAGAUCCCAACAACAAAAACAGAAGAUGGCUGUCCAAGUGGAUAAUUUGUUGCUAUCGGAUAUAGGUCGUUCGAUAUCGUUGGACACCGCUACACGUCUCCGGAACGCCGCCAUGAGCAAACUGAUCCGCCAGGUGUCGAUCGAGACGCCGGCGCCAAAGCUGAAGGACUGCGUGCUGAACCUGGUGGUGCCGGUCCCGGACACACCGCCGAAGGGGGCCCGCAUCCUGGUGGUGUACGCCGGCGCCUGCUACCGCAAGAACCAGUCCACAUCGAUCUCGUCGAUCAGCAGCCAGCUGUCGGACACGGGCGACAUCACCACGUCGCUUCACCUGCUUGCCAAGCAGAUGCAGAGUGGCAGCUUCACGAGCAUCAGCGAAGAGGGACCGGACAGUGCCCCGGUCCAGCACCACCAGCAGUCGGUGGCCAUCCAGCACAACCCACAGGCCCACCAGGGCGUCCGCGAUGGGGCUCUGUUCCCCGGCUUCGAGGUGGCUGGUGUCAUUGAGUCGCUCGGCACGGAGCUUCCGGCCGACUGCGGAUUCAAGGUGGGCCAGCGUGUUAUCCUCUACCCGUACGAGGGCGUACCGCACGGAUACUCCGAGCUGAUGAUGGUCCCGGAUCUGCGCUACUUGAUCCCGAUUCCGGACGCGCUGUCGCUGAGCGUGGCGGCCACACUCCCGACCGGUGCACUGCUGGCCCAGAGUGCCAUUAUCGCCGCACACAAGAUCGUGGAUGAUCUGCUCAAGAGUCGACCGGGCGAAAAGGUGAAGAUCCUGAUCGUGGGCACGGGCGGGCUGGCCCUGUGGGCGGUCCGUAUCGCGGCACAGCACUUCUACACGCCGGCCACCAAGGACAAGAUACAGAUCACCGUCGCCAGUCUGCGGGACGAGGGGUUCCUUGUGGCGAAGAAGUGUGAACGGGUAAACAUUGUCCAGUGGAACGAGGAUCUGUACGAGAAGCAGCUGAUCGAGCGUACACACGACGCGUGCGACGGACUGGUGGACAUUGUGAUCGACUUCGGCACGACAUCGCGCAGUCUGCACCGAUCGAUGCAGUGCCUCACGACGGGCGGCCACAUCUUCAUCAGCGACGAGGUGGCGGAGAAGCUGCUGCCCAAGUUUGGCAAGCGCGCCGAGGAACGGGGCCAGACGAUCGAGGCCGUCCCGACUGGCACGAUCGAACAGUUGCAUCAGCUCGUCAAGCUAGUUUCUUCCAACGAGAUUGAACCACCGCCACACUCAGUAUUUCCCUCGGACCAGGCUGCCGAAGUCGUGCGCAAGCUGGCCAGCUCGGAGAUUCCUGGACGUGCCAUCCUCAAAUUCCAUGAUAUUGAGUAAGCCAUCUUCCUUUCUGUCCCCGCAACAACCUUCUUCAACCGGAAGUCGGAAGCUCUCCCUCUGUAUGUGCGUGCGUGUGUUUUGCUGCGAGUCAAGCCGCUGUGUGUCCCCGGCGGUCGCCUCUCUGCAAUCGCUUCAUUUGGCCCCCGUUGGCUUAACGUUUGCCCCUCUUCGUUUCGGGUAGCGCAGAGAGUUGUCGAAAGCUUAUGAGGGAAAACUGAGAACGAAACAAAAGCAGUCAAUCGCAGUAGGUCAAUGAACGUAUAAAUAAGAGUCGUAAAAAUGGGGCGAAACAGAAGCAAGCAAUCAUACGUAACAGUGUGUCGAAGGAUGCAUAAAGUGAAAUCGGUUAUGUCACAACAGAAAAACGGCUACUGAAACGCUAAAGGAAUACGAGAAAGGCCUGCAACGAAUGAAAAAAUCAUAUACCCCUUCAUUAGCAAGUGAACUGCGAGUUGAAGCAGAGCGAAGUGGGUAAAUACAUCACACAAGCAAGAUAACACAAACCAAAAGGAUCCGAGCAACCCGAGUGCUGUGGGCAGCAGGUCUCUCAUCACGCCGAAUUGGACACACGCGCUGCUCGCAAACAAAAAAUAUGAAACUAUUCGCUAAUCUAAUCCCCCUUUUUAGUGUAUAAAAUCGCGCUCCCUCUGCGGUUAAGUGUCUUAGUUGUUUAUUAUGUGAUUUCGCACCGAUUUUCCCCUUUUUAUCCCCCUUUUUUUCCAGUGGCAAUAGUUCGAAUAGUGACAGGAAAAAGGAAACAGGUUAAAAACACAAGCGUGUGCGUAGGAAAGUUAGUUGAACGGUUAAUGAAAUAUUUGCGAGAAACUAAUCCAAAACGGGGGAGGGAUAUCAAACACAAAAUACAAAUAGAAGCAACCAUCUCAAUUCUACUCAAAUUCUACGAUCCCCCCGAUUAUCGAUGAACGAUGCAAGUCAAAAGUGACGAAGUAGCAAGGUAAAAGUUUGUUGUUUUCCCUGAACAGAGUAAGAUAGUGUACGGCGCGGCGAUAGAGUGUAGCGAAAGCGAGGAAGACGAGGCCCGCCAGGAUGGUUCGGUCCGGGUUUUCUUUCACCGUCACCUGGCCCUUGGUUGAAAGAAUUUAGUUGAUAAUUUUCUAGCUUGUAAAGAACGCGCGGCCCGACGGUGGCACCCGCGGCGCUGAACCCGGCCCGGGGAGUGCAAAGUGUAUUAUUACUAACGAUAUGAAGUAAAAAAUCAAAACAGCGCGGAAGAGCAGAAGAAAACAAACUAAAUCAGAAUAAAGAACUGUAUAGGAGUUACAAGACAACGU